GUCCACCGCAAGGGACCAGCCAUGUCCUCCCCAGAAUAUGUCAUUUUAUUUCAUUUCCUCCAAGAGUCCAAUCACUGGAGAUGCGACAUCCGAUCUUCGUUCUACCAGGCGCGGCUUCUAUUUUUACUGGCAAAUUCGCCUCUCUGACGUACGUACAAUCCCUCCAAUCUCCUUUCCAUUUCUUUUUUUCCCCUUCAUUUUCCGAUACAAUAGGGUUACAGCACGUAGGAAUCCAUACGGCAAUGUUCUGGAUCCCGCACGACAGCGGCACGGCUUCAGGCACCACAAUGCCGAGAAGCCGUGAACAGCCACGAUUUUAAUGGGGCCCCGCCUGAGCUGUA